UCGUGCCGCUACCUGUCAAACGGUCAGUACUCAGUGCUGAACUGAAAUGCCGGCUGUAACCACCAAACGGCCGGACAUUAACGGCCGUUGUAUGGAUCUAAACCCGGGAUUUUUACGUGAUAAUACCUGGUGAAAAAAUGGCGGUUUCUAAACAUGACCUUCCCUCAGAGGACUGAACACCGGCUUGGACACCGUCUCUUUUUCUCGUCCCGGGGGGGAUUUCUUCUUCUUCUUCUUCGCGGCGCCUCUCUUCGCACAGAAUGGGAGCUGGAUGAAUUGACAGUGAGACGUGGACCCAGGCUGAUCAACCGGGGACAACAGGAGCCUGCUGUAGCCUGAUAUAGAGCAUUCAAACCCGGCAUGACCUACAUACCGCAGAGCUUAACGGAGGGUCUUCAGGACAUCUCUGCUAUAUGGAGGCACCGAGCGGCGUCCUGUUCAACCUUGUAACACAGCAAUAAGUGACCUUCAGUUUUAUUUGCUGCUAUACAACUAUGCAGGAGAAGACACGUGAAUGUGCACAGGGCUGAUAAGGGAGGGAGGACCUCUGCAGAAUAACGGAGCAAGAUAAUAACCAUUGCGUGCUGCAGGUUUCACUGACCUUUUGAGUGGCAAGAGGAAAGUAGAGUGAAAAAUUAAUCCAGCAGGUGGCUUUAAAACACAAACAGCUAUACUCUCCACAUUUACUCCAAUGUGCUACCGGAUAACAGACUCUGCUGUAUGGAUUUGCGUAAGGGGCCUGCGUGAGCUGGGAUCAAAUGUCCAAAGAAGAGCUUUGCUGGAAGUUGCUUUCAACUAAUGGAUGCCUUAUCUUAUGAACGAGAGAAUGCACUGAGGGGAUCUAUGGAACUAUGAAAUUAUCCACCCAGGAAAGCAAUAAGUAAUACCUUUAAAUCAGAUUCCCUCAUACUUUUUGUCGUCAUUAUGCGUCUGAAUUGUGGUCAGCCAUUACCUCUCCUGAGGCACACAGAUGUGCCGCCUCGGGUCAUAGAAAACUUCAUCCUGACGGGGUACCGUUUCCCAAACUACAGCCUGAGGGAGUGCUUACUAUCAGCAUUCAGGCCGACGAAUGAAACUGGCAACUUCUGGACUCACUUCCUCCCUGUUUUUGUCUUUUCCUUCUAUUUCGUGGAGGUGUUUGGUUGGCAAGGCGCGCCACAUGGCGAUUCCCCCUUCUUCUACCCCUUCUGGAACUACUUCAUCGGGGUGUUUUGUCUGCUGAUGGCAAGCAGCAUGGCCCACCUGCUGAACUCCAUGUCUCUGGUGGUUCGAGAGGUCUGCUUCUUUGUGGAUUAUGGCACUAUCAGUGCUUACACUGUUGGCUCAUCUUUGGCUUACUACUAUUACAUCCACCCUCAGGCAGGGAUAGUGAAGAGAGGAAGCCACAAUGGGUCCCAUAUGGAGCUGGAACACGAACCUGCAGAGCCUCUUACAUCAUCCUAUGCAAUUCCAGAGUUUGGCAUGUUCUUCGACACCUUCUACAUCCCCAGUGCGUGUCUCGUAGCCAUCAUCUGCAUCUUGUCUUGCUGCAACACACGCCAGAGAUGGAGGAAACAUCGAUAUGUCAUCAGAACCCUUGUUUUCCUGCUCCCAUUCCUCGUCUCCUCCACGCCAGUCUUCUACCGCCUCCUCACCAGGUCGCCUUACUCCUCCACCUCUUCCUCCUUCGCCGCCUCUAGCUCCACCUCCACCUUCUUCUACCGCCACUGUUUCUGGCUGGUGGUCUCCGCCGUCUUCAACAUCAGCAAAUUCCCAGAACGGCUCGCUCCAGGUCGCUUCGACAUCUGGGGGCACAGCCAUCAGUGGUUCCACUGCUGCACGUUUCUGUCCAUCCUCGACGAACUCCACAUGAUCAAGGCCGAGGUCAAGGCGAUCCUUCUUAGUCCGACUCUGCUGCUUCCCCAUGACACCCUCCCCCUUCUGCCCGGACCUACUGUUGCUUCAACAUACGGGGUGAUGCUCCUCCUCCAAACGACCAUCAUAUCCAUCAUCGUGUGGUUCUCCUGGCAGGCCAACUGCAUCUACGGACCGGAGAGGGACCAGCUAGCAAAGGAGCACCCCAAGAAGCACCUGAAAUGUCACUGAUUGAGACUUUUUAAUCGUUCAGACUGUGAAAUAAGUUUGCACGUUGAUACAGAGCCAUGCCACUAGAAGAAACGCACACAAAAUCCCCCUGCUGAUUUGAUGCCUGUCAUAAGUUUCUGACCUCUUGAGAGCAUUGUGCAUGCUUUCAUUGGGGCCAAAUUUGGGACAAAGGGAGAUGAGAGGAUUAUAUUCUGAGCUCACCACAGGGUGGCUGUCUGGUUGAGUGAAUAUUCAGAGACCUUGCCAGCUCAGCUUCAACAUGUUCGAACAGGAUGUCAGGUGACAAAACUACCUCCAAGGAUGGUUCCCUCCAGGACAGAAGAAAGGUGUUGGUACCCAGGAGAACACAUGUUCCAUUUUAAGACGUGGGCAAUGUGGCGGAGACAUUAGCCUGACCACAUGUGUUGUCUGCAGUCAGGCACUUUAAACUGCUCUGCUGUGGUUGAAACUGAACUCUAUGGAGGACGAAUAGGGCCAAAUUUAGAUAAAUAAGAAGCUGAGCUCAAAAUUCAAAGUUUUAUCGAAGGAUUUAGACAUGAGAACUUAAUGUUAAAGACCUAAAAGUCAGAGUUUAAAGUUGUAGCAUGAAAAUGUGAUCAUAUCCCACCUUUAAGAAGAAGGGCCCGAUAGGAAGUCUAAUUUUAUAUUGGAGAAAAAAAUUUAAAAUGCAUAGAAAAGAUAAUGAUCAAUUUAAAAGUUUUUUGUUUAAAAUGUAUGCAUUUGAGAUGAUUUUGUACACAGGAUAGAGGCUAAGAAAAUAGAUUGUGUGAGAAAGAAACAGCUGAUUAACAAGCUAACUUAUUAAGAAUUGCAAGAUGAAACUUUUUGUCCAAGUGUGCUACCGUACCAUGAAUGAAACAAGAUUAGGAGGGUGAAAAGAUUAACAUCUUUGCUUAAAGGGGGUUUCAAGAGCUGACACAAACUGAAAGUUCCUCACAGGAGCUUCGAUGAAGGCUUUAUCAGCAGUGUGCACUGACUCACUUGGUACCACCCUUCCUGCCUGUGGUUUCAGUUGUUAAGAAUAUCAACGGUUUUUUAGCUCAUGAAGAGAUGUCACUUUUACUUUCAGUUUAUUUCACAACUAGCUUAAACCUCCUCACAGCAGCCUAAAGGUCCUUUCACACCAGAACCGUUUUUGUCGUGCGAUUAUUUCGGGAUGCGUCUUUCCCCCCCAGAAAGUCGCAAAAUCGCAUCGGGCUUGAUGUGUAUGGUCAGGCCCGUCAAAAUUCACCUCUGAAUAUUUCGUAAUUUCGCGUUCUAUAUUCGCGUCGGCCCCAGUGUGUAAGGACCUUUAAGUUAAAAAAGGUCAACAAUGAACAAGGAGCUCUGAGGCUGCUUUAGAUUUUUAUUUUUAAAGAAAAAAAAAUUAAAAAGCUGUUGAAAAAACGUGCUCAAAGAAAAAAAAUUAAGAGAUUUUAGGUUUUUUAUUUCAGAUUUGGAAUGUUUUCUUUUUUUAAAUCUUAUUUACAUUUUCCAUUUCUGCCAGAUGGCCUUUUUCGUCCUCCAUAAAUCUCAAACUUGACUCAGUUUAUCCUCGUUUCUGACCUUUGGUAACCUCACAUGUUCACACACACACUCUCAUUUCCUCUCUACUUCCACGUGACCCACGUAACAGGAAGUGUGGUGGCCUUGAUGAAGCUGCAGAAGAAUUUGAGAGCUGGUAUCAGAAAAGCACUUUCAGAGGGGCUGCUCGUAAAAGCCCCAUCAUCGAGUCGCCUUGUGCGAUUUUUAACCUCAUAGGAUAUUUGGGGAGCAUGUAUUGACGUCCUGCUGACAGGUUCAGCAGAUAUUUAAAUGUAUAAUGUGUCGUAGAGCUGCUCUCACAUCUGCUGUAUGUUUGGUUUCCAUUAAGCUGAUGACUUAUUCCUCAUGGGUCUUGUUAACAGUGCUUGGACUGCAGAUUAAACAGGAUGUAAAUCAGUUUUUCCCACGUCACAGAGAGGUGGUUUACAUGCUAAUAUUUUCUAUGUCAAAUCGAUCAUUCCAGAGAAUACCUGACUUUCAGGGCCAGUUCAAACUGCUGUAUGUGAACAUUACAAAACCAGGAGGACGGAGCCACAGGCCGCUGUGUACAGUUUUCUCUUAGAGCAAAAGCCAUAAAGUGAUGUAGUGGUAGUUCAGAUUUUGGCAAUAUUUUCUUCAGACUGUAUCAUCAGGACCUUCCUGCAUAGAUUUGCACUGACAGAUAAGCAGAUCAGGUUCGUAUGUAACUUUGUCUAGUGUCUCUUUCAUGUGUUGUUAUGCUAAGAUUAGACAGAUGAGCGUCCAGGAUAUAACCACCAGUUCUUUUUCAAAGGUAUCUACCGCCAGGAGUUUCUUAUUUUUAGUACAGAGGCCUAAAUGGGAAUGCCAAAAUAAUCCCUUUAGAUUUAAUUUUGUCCUACUUAGUUGAAAAGUUUUCAAACUUUGUUGUUGAAGGACUAGCUAGACGUUUAAGAAUAAAUAGAUUGGAAUAGAACAGCAUGACAAGAGGACCACGAGCAUUAAUCUGCGUUUAUGACUCCUAGCUCCUCGCUAAAAGGAUGAAAUCUAAAUCCUGAAAAAAGGAAAAACUAAAUUAAAAUAAAUAAAUGUGUUUAGCCUGUCCAAAACUCCAGCCUUUUAGUUCCAGUUUGGUUGGAUCAACUUUCUGACAAAAACCCACUCUGGAUUAGUUUUUAAAUGGAGUUUUAUACAAUUUCUUUUUGCUAAAAUGUCCUCAUGUUUUCUCUUCCAAACAGUGAUCAGUGCCCUUUUAUCUGCUGGUGUAGCUGACAGAUAAAUUUAGCAAACCUGCUGAAUUUUUUAAAACUCUUUACUCUUGUUUUUUCAAAUAUCUCCUGGAGGACAUAACAGAAAUAUCGCCCAGGAUAUUUGACCGUGUUGUUUUGUUCGGCUGUAUUUUUAUUUCUGCUGAGUCAUGGUUGGCUGCAGCUUCAUUUCUGCUGUUGUAGCUGAUGUCAAACAGAGAAUUGUAGAGUUAAUACAUUUGUUUAGAUUUAAUUGCACACUGAAAAUGGACCGUCGCUGUUAAAGCUUGAGGAAGUAAGUGUGUCGUCUUCGUGUGUUUUUAUGUAACUUGAAUUCGUCAUGUCGGACAGUCUCAGAGGCAGACGCGUCUCUUUACGUGUUGAUAACCACUGUGUAAUUAUAGUAAUGUUAUGACUCCCCCUGUAUUGCUCAUAUCUGCACACACAUUGAUGCAUUCACUUGCACAUGAGUAAAUGAUUAGAGGUAUGAUGCUGGAGUGAGUGAAUAUGGACCAUACUGAGAGGUUUGGAUCAUGCUGUGACGGUGCACUUUAACGGUCCAUCCUUCAGUACUGUGUUAUUCAGCAUAUUCAGGUUCAGACCAGAUGAUGCAUUCACUGUCAAAGGGAUGUUAGAGCAUCUCUGUUACAGGGAAGAGUCAUUGUGGACGCUGAUCUUCAGAGUGUGGAUCUAUCUUAAUGUUCAAACAGUGUUCAGUGCGUGAAUGUUAGACUGACUGUAUAGAACCUGGAGGAGAACUCAGGGCUGACUGAAGAACGGCGCUAAUAUAUUAUUUACACACAUACCUUUAAAUUAUUGAUGAGUAGAGAUGGAGGAUGAUUAUAGUCUGUCUGUUAAAGCUGAUCAUGAAAGCCUCCAUUAUUUUAAUUGAUGUUUAAACUAGAACUAAUGAAUUAUUUGAGUUUGACUGAAUAAAUUACUCUGAAAAAUAUGACUGUGGCUGUUUAUUCAUUUUACGCCAUCAAUGAUGUCUGUGUCGGU